UCACUGCCCAAUGAGACGCGCUGUCGUGUCCCGGAGAGCGCGAGAGAAAGUACGGUGACACACGCGGACGGGGCGUGGCCUGUGUCAGGGAGCCGGCUACCGGGAGGGGGGUCGAAGGUCAGAGCGGAUGCAAGAUGGCGGUGGAGGCAAGGAGGAGGUUCCUUGGGCUUAUAGUCCUGUUCUCGGUCUGUCUUACUCCCGCCUUGAGUGUUGAUAGGAGCAACUUCAAGACAUGUGAACAGAGCUCAUUCUGCAAACGUCAGCGCAAGCUUGAGCAAGGUUCAUCUCCAUAUCGUGCUUUGCUAGGGACUGCAAAGCUGACUGAUGACAAACUGGAGGUCCAGCUCAUCAAUGACAAGACCCAGGUAUCUCUCUUGCUGGAGGUCUUUGGACUGCAUGGGAAUAUGACGCGCAUAAAGAUUAAUGAGCUGAAGCCUCUAAAACCACGCUAUCAGGUUCCUGAUGUGCUGGUUGGGAUACCCACCCCUGAGAACCUGCAGGUGACGGGGCAGGAUGACAAUACUCUGGAGCUCUCCUUGGGAGAUGAAGGGCACAAGCUUUUAGUGACCGGAUCUCCUUUUCGCCUGGAUAUCCUGUCUGGGCGGGACUUGGUGCUGAGUGUAAACUCACGAGGGCUGCUUCACUUUGAACACCUGAGGGAACGGAAAGACACUCUCUCGGCUAAAGUUAGUAGUGCUGUCGGUAACAUGUGGCAUAAAGUGAAGACUCUUUUCUCUAGUGACUCGGAGAAGACUGAUGUUCCCUCUGAAACUGAUAAUGAGAAUACAGCAGAGGAGGAGGAAGCCAAGGAGGAAGAAAGCAAGAAGGAAGAAGAUGAACCAGGAAUGUGGGAAGAAACUUUUAAGACGCAUACAGACAGCAAACCAAAUGGUCCUUCUUCAGUGGGUCUUGAUUUUUCUCUCCCGGGAGUUGAACAUGUUUAUGGGAUUCCAGAACAUGCAGAAAACCUAAGACUACGGACAACAGAGAACACCGAUCCAUACCGGCUUUAUAACUUGGAUGUCUUUCAGUACGAGCUAUAUAACACCAUGGCUUUGUAUGGUGCAGUUCCUUUGCUGCUAGCUCACAACAUUCACCGCACUUUAGGUAUUUUCUGGCUCAAUGCCGCGGAAACUUGGGUAGAUAUCAGCUCCAACACAGCCGGCAAGACUCUUCUUGGAAAGAUGUUACAGUACAUGCAGGGAGGUGGGGAGACACCACAGACAGAUGUGCGCUGGAUGUCCGAGAGCGGAAUAAUAGAUGUGUUCCUUCUACUGGGGCCUUCUCCAAGUGAUGUGUUUCAGCAGUAUGCCAGCCUUACAGGUACUCAGGCUCUACCACCCUACUUCUCGCUGGCAUACCAUCAAUGCCGUUGGAACUACAAUGAUGAAGAGGACGUGCGGAAUGUGGAUAAUGGCUUUGAUGAGCACAAUCUGCCAUAUGAUGUUAUCUGGCUAGAUAUUGAGCAUGCUGAUGGAAAGAGAUAUUUCACCUGGGACCCUCACAAGUUCCCCACUCCAAAAAAUAUGCUGAGUGGGUUGAUAGAGAAAAGACGGAAGAUGGUGGCUAUCGUUGACCCUCACAUAAAGGUAGACAGCAGUUACCGGAUUAACAAUGAAAUCCGAUCUCGUAACUUAUAUGUUAAAACUAAAGAUGGAAGUGAUUAUGAAGGCUGGUGCUGGCCAGGCUCUGCUGCCUAUCCGGACUUCACUAAUCCAGAUAUGCGGGCUUGGUGGUCUAGCAUGUUCGCCUAUGAUCAGUAUGAGGGUUCUAUGGAUAAUAUGUACGUUUGGAAUGAUAUGAAUGAACCAUCUGUAUUUAAUGGCCCUGAAGUGACCAUGCACAAAGAUGCUGUACAUUGGGGUGGCUGGGAGCAUCGUGAUGUACAUAAUCUGUAUGGGCUGUAUGUGCAUCAAGCCACUGCUGAGGGUUUGAUUAAUCGUUCUGGUGGAAAGGAGAGACCAUUUGUCUUAACACGAGCAUUCUUUGCCGGGUCACAGCGCUAUGGUGCUGUGUGGACAGGUGAUAAUGCUGCGGAAUGGGAUCACUUGAAAAUAUCCAUCCCCAUGUGUUUGAGUCUGGCUUUAGUUGGCAUUUCAUUCUGUGGAGCGGAUGUUGGAGGGUUCUUUAAAACCCCAGAACCUGAAUUGCUUGUUCGCUGGUAUCAAGCUGGAGCAUAUCAGCCUUUCUUCCGUGCUCACGCUCACUUGGAUACACCGCGACGUGAACCAUGGUUGCAUGGAGAAACUAACACCGAUAUCAUACGUGAGGCACUCUUACAGAGAUACGCUCUUCUUCCCUACUGGUACACCCUCUUCUACAAAGCAAAUCUGGAUGCAGAGCCUGUUAUGAGGCCUCUCUGGGUUGAAUUUCCUUCAGAUGUCUCCACAUUUACUAUUGAUGAUCAGUACAUGUUGGGCUCAGCGCUUUUGGUGCAUCCUGUAACAGAGGCUAAUGCCCAAGGAGUACAGAUAUAUCUGCCAGGGACUGGAAAGGUCUGGUAUGAUGUACACAGUUAUCAGAAGUAUGAAUCUCCACAAAAAUUCUACCUUCCAGUUACCAGCAGAUCGAUACCAGUAUAUCAGCUCGGUGGAUCUAUAAUCCCUCGUAAGAAUCGUCCCAGACGUUCAUCCGAUUGUAUGCAGGAUGAUCCAUUUACUUUAUACGUGGCACUGGACCGGCAGGGUGAAGCACAAGGUGAUCUGUACUUGGACGAUGGCCACACCUUCAACUACCAACAAAAUGAAUUCUUGUAUCGAAAAUUCAACUAUAGCCAAGGACGGCUCACCUCAAGUUCCCUAGGUCCUCAUGGUAAAUAUGAGACACACAGUUGGCUAGAGAGAGUCGUGAUAAUUGGAGCUACUAAACCGAAAAGCGUAACCCUUCACCAGCCAGGUGGCUCAGAAACACCGUUGGAGUUUGAUUACGAUGCACAAAUGUCAGUGAUUACUGUACGAAAACCAGAAGUGAAUAUUGCUUCAGAUUUCACAAUGUCCCUGCGAUAACAUCAUUGACGCACCAAGUCUUGUUGGGAUGGGUGUGGUGGAAAGGGCAGGGGAUCCCAAGAUUGGAGAUACUGUAGGGAGGACUCAGUUCAUGGACCAAAUCUAAGAAUAAAGUGAUCAGGGGAAGUGUAGAAAGAGAUGAGUGUGUGUCUGUGCGAAUAUGUGUAUAUAUGGCUGACUGUUUAUGGGGUACUGCCCUCCUGCACUUACUGUUAUCUGUGUGUGUAUAUAGAUGAAUCAUGUACUGUCUGUCCCAAAUAUGCUGAGAAUCUGCAUCCCCACCUCUGACUAGGUCAGUACUUGCAAUCUGCCCUUGGGUCCAACCCAUACCUGCCUUUCCACCAUGUCUCCUUAACAUUUACCUAAAUUCAUAUCUGAGAUGAAGGGGUGACCAACUUUACAUGUGAGCUGCUGCCAUCUUAGAAUGUGAAUCUCUUAAAAUCAGAAACAAAAUCUAUUAAGAGAAGUUUGACAAACACCCCAUCACCCCUGCUCCUGUUUACUCUACCUGUAUCUGAUAAGGUACAGGGAUAGCCCACUAAUGUGACAUCCCUGUGUAGCUACGAUUGGGGAGACUUCCGACUACAACUAUACCCCUUUCAGGCUGAUAGUGUAAGUUUUGGAAGGGAGUUAAUGUGAUUGAGUAAAAGUUUUCUAAUAUGUCUCUAUUUGGGGAAGUGGAUCCAUAAUUCAUAUGAUUUGGAAAAGUUUUGAUAUGAUGAGAAAUAAAGAUAUAAAAUAA